ACACCUGGAUUACCAGAUGGAUCUACCAAUUCCACAUUGAGAACAUUACUUCAAACUGCAGCUUCUAAUAUGAACUUUAGUCAUCCAUCAACGAGUUCUAGUACAUUUAGCACACCCGUCACUUCUCUUUUUAUCGAAGAUUUACCUACAGACGCAACUUCUAAUAGUACAGCUGAUGGAUUACUUGCCAAUUCACCUACAUCAAGUGCACCGUUUGGUGUUUCCUUUAUUGAAGAUGCAAUUACAUCUGCAGCUACUACAUUACAAAAUUCUGUGGAGGAAGUCCUAAAUACAACAGUUGAAAACGUUACAAAUUCAGAAACGUAUAGGAACAUUAGUGAAGCGUUAACUUCUACUGUUUCGAGUAUAUUUAAUCCUACUCAGAAUGCCACUUCCAGUCCGACUCCUGCCAAUGGAACAGUAGGAGAAUAUAUGUCUACAUUAGGCGAAGUCGUCACACAAUCGACAACUGAUCCUACUGCUAUUAAUACAACUUCAUCAUAUAUUAAUAUCACCACAAAUGGAACCAACACU